GUGUGUCUGGGGAGUACUGCACCUACAACCCCUACACUGGGUACACAUCCACUGUCUACUGUGGGUGGGGAUGUUGUUACUCGUACAUCUAUCCAUGCUGUGAUACGCCUUUGUAAGUACUUCACCACCUUUGUAAAUAUAUAUAUAUAUCAUUGCCGAGACACGCCUUGGUAAGUACAUCUAUCAUUGCUGGGACACACAUUUGUUUAUAAGUACAUCUAUCAUUGCUGGGACACACCUUUGUAAGUACGUCUAUCAUGGCUGGAACACACCUUUGUAGGUACUUCUAUCAUUGCUGGGACACACCUUUGUAAGUACAUCUUUCAUUGCUGGGACAAACCUUUGUAAGUACAUCUAUCAUUGCUGGGACACACCUUUGUAAGUACGUCUAUUAUUGCUGGGACACAGCUUUGUAAGUACGUCUAUCAUUGCUGGGACACACCUUUGUAAGCACAUUAUCAUUCCUGGGACACAUCUUUGUAAGUACAUCUAUCAUUGCUGGGACACACCUUUGUAAGUACAUCUAUUAUUGCUGGGACACACCUUUGUAAGUACAUCUAUCAUUGCUGGGACACACCUUAUCAUUGCUGGGACACACCUUUGUAAGUACAUCUAUCAUUGCUGGAACACACCUUUGUAGGUACUUCUAUCAUUGCUGGGACACACCUUUGUAAGUACAUCUUUCAUUGCUGGGACAAACCUUUGUAAGUACAUCUAUCAUUGCUGGGACACACCUUUGUAAGUACGAAAGUACAUCUAUCAUUGCUGCGACACACGCUAUCAUUGCUGGGACACACCUUUGUAAGUACAUCUAUCAUUGCUGGGACACACCUUAUCAUUGCUGGGACACACCUUAUCAUUGCUGGGACACACCUUUGUAAGUACAUCUAUCAUUGCUGGGACACACCUUAUCAUUGCUGGGACACACCUUAUCAUUGCUGGGACACACCUUAUCAUUGCUGGGACACACCUUUGUAAGUACUUCUAUCAUUGCUGGGACACACCUUAUCAUUGCUGGGACACACCUUUGUAAGUACUUAUAUCAUUGCUGAGCCACCUUUGAAAGUACUUUACCAUUCCAUACCAUACCCACCUUUGUAAUCCAUCUAUGAUUGCUGGGACACGCCUUUGUAUACACUUCACACAUCUAAGAACCUGGUCCACAGCUACGGUGACACCCCAUUCAUAGCCGGCACUUGCACAGCUGGAGCAUUCGUCAUCAUAGCCGCGAUCGCUGCCAUCUGCAUAAGAAACAGAAGACGAAUUCAGACGACUGUCCAAUACACUAAUCCUGGGGGUCAGCAGGUCUUCUCUACAUGUAUGUGCCUCCGCAAACUGGUGGUUUGCUUUUCCCUGCAGCAUAAUUUUAUGAUUUAAUUUAUAAAUUCCAGCAUUAUUUAAAAAAAAAAAAAAAUUAAUAAAAGUAAUUUUAAAUGAAAUUAAGUAAUUUUAUCACUAUUGUAAGUUAUUUAAUGAAAUAAUCUCUCUAAACUAAUUGUCACCAUUACACUAAAUUGUUUCCCUUUACUCCAAUCGUCUCCCCUUUUUCCUCAGCAAUGAACACUAACGUUUCAACUGGCUACUCUGCCCCUGUGUCUGGAUUCGCUAACAACGGUUACCGUGCGUACUAGGUCGUUUGCCUGUCGUGGUGGAUUUUCUGGCAAGGUUCAGUCGCUGCAAGCCAGGAGAAGAUUAUUAAAAUUAUUAUAUAUUUUUUUAAAUUCAAUUUUUAGAAAUAUUUUGAAUGACUCUUUAUGAAAGUUGUCAUGUCCUUGAGACAGAAGAGAGUUGGCAUCGUUUUUUUCUCAUAAACUAAUUUCUAACAUUCGGAGAGGUGUGUGGGGUGGGUGGGGGUGGGGUUAGGAUGGGGGGUAGUUAACAUUUUAGAGCAGUGCUUCUUAAACUUUCAAUUAUGGAGAAUUGACGAUUUAAAUAACAUGCGUUAGAAAUUGAGACAAUGUAAACAAUGUUCUGGUCCUAUUUCUAUUUCGUAUUUUGGAAUAUGCAUUGACUCGCAGCCUACUUGUUUCAUCAACCUUUUUGAUUUAUGAAAUUACUAAAUAAGAUAAGAUUAUUUUUAUUGAUUCAAACAAAGGAUUAAUUAUUUUUUUUUAAAUGCAUGUUUGAUACAGUGAAACUGGUUAAAUCCAGUCAAAUUUAUGCAAAAAAAAAAAUAUAUAUUUUAAAAAUAUCUUCAAUUGCGUGUUAACUCAAAACGUGACAUUUUUAUUUUUGCAUGUGUUGUAACUGUGACAUGUUUUAGUGCAUGUGUUGUAAAUGUGACAUUAAUAUUUCUGAAUGUGUUGUAAAUGGGGCAUUUUGAUUUCUUCUGAGUUGCAACAUGAAAAAAACAACAACUAUAAAAUCAUGUAGUUGUGUUUAUACAUUAAAAAUAACAUUUUAAAAAAUUCAUUAUUUGUUUUGUUCUCAUCCAAUACAUUUUUGAUUUGCAACUUUAUAAAAAGGAUGCAUUCGAGUUAGAUCAAAUAAAUAUUUUUAACGAUUACAUUA